AGCGCUGUGGGGUGCGGGUGGCUCCGGGGUUCAGUGGUCCAGGCGCUCACGGAACCACGCACCUUCUCCCUGCAGAGCCGCUCCCGCGAUGGACAGCAGGAUCCCCUAUGACGAUUACCCUGUCGUCUUCCUGCCGGCCUACGAGAACCCGCCGGCCUGGAUCCCCCCCCACGAGAGAAUUUGCCAUCCUGACUACAAUAAUGAGUUGACCCAGUAUCUGCCUCGCACUAUUGUGCUGAAGAAGCCUCCUGGGGCUCAGCUGGGCUUCAACAUUCGAGGAGGAAAGGCCUCCCAGCUGGGGAUCUUCAUCUCCAAGGUGAUCCCUGACUCAGAUGCACACAGAGCAGGGCUGCAGGAGGGAGACCAGGUCCUGGCAGUUAAUGAUGUCGAUUUCCAGGACAUUGAGCACAGCAAGGCUGUCGAGAUCCUCAAGACUGCCCGUGAGAUCAUCAUGCGAGUGCGUUACUUCCCCUACAAUUACCAGAGGCAGAAAGAGAGAACUGUUCACUGUCCCUGAUAAGGUCCCCCUAAUAAUGGCUGCUCUGCCCUACAGUUCAUUGGGUCACAGCAAGAAGACUCUGCUCUCCUCAGCACUGGGGAGAUUUGACACUAAACUAGAUUUUCCUUCAAGUUUCAGCUUCGGGCAGAGGUGUGACUAUCCUGCUGGCUCUUUGGGUCUCAGCUCCCACAAGAUCCCAGCUCUGCUCUCUGUACUGAUGGACCCAAUCUCUUCCUGCUGUUUACACCAUAGAGUCAAGGAUGUGGCAGGACAGCGAGCUGGGCUCUAAGCUCCAGUUUUUGGCUCAGGCACUGCACUGCAGAGGUUGAUGGAGAAGUGGGGUAUGGAGGAUGCUGGGGAAUGAAGGGUGGCUUCUGUAGCCAGACUUGUAUCCAUGGAGUGAGUGUCUGUUCCAGUAUGUGAUUGCUUCUUUGAAAGGAGAUUCUUAUGGGGUGCUGCUCUUGCCCAUCUCAAUGAGGUGUGAGGCCAAAGAGGGUGGGUCUGUAUACAUGCACCAUGUCUAACUUAGAGCACAAGAUAAUGGGGCUGUGGUGCUGAUUCUAAGCUAAGCACAGAGCAGGCUUUUUCUUUCCAACAUGGUCUUAAUGUCUUUUGCCCUAUCCAUCAUGCACUGCAAAAUUGUAUGACACUAAUGAAGCAGCUACUGCUUGCUGUGUUGGAGGGAGAAAGUAGCUGGCAGAACCUGGCAAGGGCACAGCCAAGCUACUGUCUGCCAUUGCCAAGAUAGGUGCCUCUACAAUUCACCAUCCACUGGAGUUUCCUUUAGAAGUAGGCCCUGUACUUUGUUCACAGCACAGUAGCACUUGUGCUCUGGGGAGGUAAAAGGAAUAAGUGCUCUGUGUUAAGAGAACUGGGAGGUGGGGGGUAGAAAUUACUGCAUAGGAGAUGGACUCUGCCUUGUUCUCAUUGUCCAGUGGCCACUUGCUGCAGCCUGACACUACCAUCUUCUCGAAUUCUAGAAGAUGAGUAAAGUGUUCAGCCCCUUUUAUGGGCAUGGCUAGAUAUCUUCCUCCACCUCCCACUGCUCCUUUCUAGGGCAAUGGAUUGGUUGGGAUCCAGGGAAGAGAGAGGAGGUAACUUCAGUGAACUUUGUCUGUCCAGCCGUUUUCCUGGAUUUUAAGAUUAGGGCAUAUGCUUGUAUCCCAUCAUGACUUCGGUGGGGGUGGGGGCGGUGGCAAGUAAUUCUUAGGACUUGUUUCCAAAUCAUGCUUGCUGUGGUCUAGCACCAAACACACAGUUGUUCUGCUAGGUUCUUUGUGUGGCACUACUGCUUCCAUUGUUAAGCAUUUCCUGCUGAUGAUGUGGAUAUUAUCUACUGAGGACAUCCAUCAUUCUGCACUAUCACACCAUUUGUCCCUUUACUAUUCUCUCCUGUUAAGAUUCCCAGCCAGCUGUAAAGGGGGAGGUACCUGCACUCAUCCAUCCCUCACAUUCCAUCUAUGUAAGCAAGUCACAUUACCUACUACUGAAUUAACUGGAUGGUGGCUGUUUAUGAAGCAAAAGAGAACCCACCAUACCCUAUGUGUUUAUUGCAGUUCCUCUUAGCAGCUGACUUCUUGGUAGGAAGCACAGCAGUGAGGGGGUGUCAUUAUCCUGAAAGCUUCUUUGCUCUUGCCAAACAGGAUCUGGGGCUAGGUCUGCCUUCCUGGGUUGGGAUUUGUUCUAUCGCUUUGUAGGCACCUAAAAGUCUUAAUGAAAAUAAAGUUAGUUUUGAAGUCUG